CGCCGCCAGCAUGGACUGACACGGGCCUUCCCUCUGGUCUGGCCUCCCCUCCCCACCCCGCUGCGCGCCGCGGGCGGUGCGGGCCAUGGGUGCCAUGGCGGUGCGUGUGUGCGUGCUCGUCAUCGUGUUCCUGGCCGGCCAGGGCGGCCAGGGCCAGGCCGCCGCAUACAACGCGUCUUCCAAUGCAAGCGGGGGCCCCGGCGGGGGCCACGGCGGGGGGCACGCGAUGGUCGAAGGCACGGGGCCCGACGGCUGGGUCAAAUGCCAACCCGGCCUGCUGCUCCCCGUGUGGCGCCCCGACGAGGGCCUCGGGGUCGGCGACCGCGUGGCCAGGGGCUUCGCCUACCUAUGCGCCCUACUGUACCUGUUCCUCGGCGUGUCCAUCAUCUCGGACCGCUUCAUGGCGGCCAUCGAAGUCAUCACCUCCCAGGAGAAGGAGGUGGUCGUCAAGCAGAAGGGCAAGGAGAGCAAGAUCGUGGUGGUGCGCGUGUGGAACGAGACGGUGGCCAACUUGACGCUCAUGGCGCUCGGCUCUUCGGCCCCGGAGAUUCUGCUCUCCAUCAUCGAGAUCUGGGCCAAGAACUUCGAGGCGGGUGACCUGGGCCCCGGCACCAUCGUGGGCUCGGCCGCCUACAACCUGUACGUCAUCAUCGCCAUCUGCGUGUUCGUGAUCCCGGAGGGGGAGGUGCGCCGCAUCAAGCACCUGCGCGUGUUCUUCGUGACGGCGCUGUGGUCCGUGUUCGCCUACGUGUGGCUGUACGUCAUCCUGGCCGUGACCUCCAAGGGCGUCGUGGAGGUGUGGGAGGCCCUGCUCACCUUCCUGUUCUUCCCGCUGACCGUGGGCACGGCCUACAUCGCGGACCGGCGCCUGCUGUUCUACAAGUACCUCCACAAGGGCUACCGCAUCAACCAGCACGGCAUGAUGGUGCAGGCGGAGACCGGCGACGUGGAGAUGGAGAAGCACGUGGACGGCCAGAUGGUGGACCUGGAGGACGAGGUGGAGGGUGACGAGGCCAAGGCGUUCGAGCAGAACCGCCGCGAGUACAUCGCCUGCCUGCGGGAGCUGCGCAAGCGCCACCCCACGCUGGAGCUCAAGGCCCUCGAGCAGAUGGCGCAGGAGGAGGUGCUGACGCGCGGCUCCAAGAGCAGGGCCUUCUACCGAGUGCAGGCCACCCGGAAGAUGCUGGGCGGCUCGGACGUGAUGCGGCGCUACAAGGGCGUGCACCCCUCCGAGAUGGACCCCAGCGGCCCGGCCACCGGCCCCGCCCGGCCCGAGAACCAGUGCGCGCGCGUCUUCUUCAAGCCCAGCCACUACACCGUGCCGGAGAGCGUGGGCGAGUUCGAGGUGUCCGUGGUCCGCGAGGGCGACCUGGCGCCCACCGUGCUCGUGGACUACCGCACGGAGGACGGGUCGGCGCACGCGGGCUGCGACUACACCGGCGCGCAGGGCACGCUGCGCUUCACCGAGGGCGAGACCGUCAAGAAGUUCUCCAUCGCGGUCAUCGACGACGACGAGUUCGAGGAGGACGAACACUUCUACAUCCGCCUGUACAACCUGCGGCUCGGCCCCGCGGACGACGCGGACGGCAACGACAUCCGGAACAACCUGGGCGGCAGUGGCAGCCGCGUCCACGCCAUGCCCGAGCUCGUCAGCCCUUCCACCGCCACCGUCAUGAUCCUGGACGACGACCACUGCGGCGUCUUCGGCUUCCUCGACAAGGCCGUGGAGCUGGUGGAGUCCGUCGGCACGUUCGAGCUCAAAGUGAAGCGCUUCAGCGGCUCCAGGGGCAAGGUGCUGGUGCCCUUCCGCACCGUGGACGGCACGGCGCGCGCCGGCAAGGAGUACGAGCAGCAGUCCGGGGAGCUCGUCUUCGAGAACAACGAGACAGAGAAGACCAUCACGCUGCACAUCAUCGAGGAGGGCUGCUACGAGAAGGACGUCGACUUCCAAGUCAGCUUAGGCGACCCCCGCAUCUUGGAUGAGGAGGACGACGCUGUCCCACAAGUCGCAGAUGACGACUCGGGCAGCAAGCUGCACCGGCAGCAGCAGCAGCACAUGCAGCGGCUGCAGGAGCAGCUGCACAAGGCCAAGCAGGCCAACGGCAAGCCCGGCGGCCUGGACACCAGCAUCAUCCCGGACACGCCGGAGAACCGCAUCGCGCUGCUGGGGCUGCCCACCCUCAGCGACACGUUCCAGGUGUCGGUGCGGAUCCGGGAGAGCAAGGAGUUCAAGAGCACCGUCGACGCCAUGAUGCAGCGAGGGGCCGGACCAAUCCUAGGCACGUCCACCUGGAAGGAGCAGUUCGUGGAGGCCUUUAGCGUCGCACCAGAUGAGGACGAGGAGGGCGGCGAGACGGCGUCGGCGUCGUGUGGCGACUACGUCAUGCACUUCUUCACCUUCCCCUGGAAGUUCCUGUUCGCCUUCGUGCCCCCCACUGACAUGUGCGGCGGCUACGUGUGCUUCGUGGUGAGUAUCGCCGGCAUCGGGCUGCUGACGGCCGUCAUCGGGGACGUGGCGUCGCACUUCGGCUGCACCGUGGGGCUGCCGGACCCCGUCACCGCCGUCACCUUCGUGGCGCUCGGGACCAGCGUGCCAGACACGUUCGCCAGCAAGGUGGCGGCCCUGAACGACAAGUACGCCGACGCCUCCGUGGGCAACGUGACGGGCAGCAACGCCGUCAACGUGUUCCUGGGCAUCGGCAUCGCCUGGACCCUCGCCGCGCUGCACCACUGGUGGCACGGCAGGGAGUUCCUGGUGGAGCCCGGCAACCUUGCCUUCAACGUGACCAUCUUCUGCGUGGGCGCGUUCGUCAGCAUCCUCGUGAUGCUGCUGCGGCGGUUAAAAUGCGUCGGCGGCGAGCUGGGCGGGCCCAAGGUCCUCAAGUACCUGACGACGGGCCUGCUGAUGAGCCUGUGGUUCACCUACAUCAUCCUGGCGUGCCUCGAGGCCUACGGUAUCAUGGAGGGCUUCUGAGCGCCGUGCCGACCUGCCGGGACCUGCCGCCCCACCCCGGGCACAUUCCGAAGCACAACGAGCAGCCAGCUUGCAGCCAGCAGUCCGGCUGCGGUCCUCCAAGACGUGCCUUACUGGCGCUGCGAGAGCCACGAGACACGAGAGACGGCGGCGCACGCAGUCCAGUGCGCAGCGGGCUGUGGGCGUGCACUCCGUGCACCGUGCAACGAACAGUGUCUUUCGUACAAAAGUCUCCCGCCCAGGGCUGCCAGGGCCAGUCACUGCAGUCCGCUGUGGCUCGGCCUCCGUGCAUGCCAGCAACUUGCUGCCAAAGUCGCUAGCUACACUGCCGUCACGGUGCCCGGGCCCGGAUCUCGGGAUCUGGGACCACGGCAAGAUUUGGCUGGGUUAUCAGCUGGUCAACAUGCCAUUCAUAAUGUCAAAGAGAAAAGAAAACUCAUUUCAUUACUGCUGACUGUUUGUAUUUCCCCCUGUAUUCCUCUUCAUACCUUUUUUAGUCAGUUUCUUCUUGUCUUUUUCGUUGUGGUCGCUACCUUUUCAUCUCUUUCUCUUCGUUGCUUUCCAAUUCACUCUUAACUGUCGCAAGUGUCACUGUAAAAUGGUGUUAGUCGGACUGCGAGCAUGUCGUCAAAGCGAGCUACAACGGCUGUCUUCCCUUUCUCGCACUGUUCGCACCUUGUGGAAGAGUUAUCAAAGGUUGCGCUUCGUGGUCAGCAGCCAGCGACUUGCUCUUAUCUUCCACUUGGCAUUAGUCCUCAAAUUAAAAUGGGCGAGGAAUGCUAUUUUUGCUCUUAAGGUGUGUUUGCAAAAGGUCUGAUCUGAAUUUUAGAUCAGAGCUGUAAAGUAUACGGCCAUGGUAUUUUUGUCUUCUCGUGGAGUAUAGCGCAGACUACAAUGCUUUAAAGAGAGAGAUUUUUGUAACUUCUAAUAUUUUGUAAAAAAAAAAUAAUGACUACAAAAAAAUACUUUUGCAGUUCAAAUAUUUUGAAGGUUUCGAGCAUGUGUGCCACUUGUGUUUUGAAAAUUUUCACAUAGCUGUUGGUUGUGCUGCCUAAAGCCUUUCGAGUUCAGGAUGACGAUAUUUUUGUUUCGAGCAAACCUCUAGUGAAAUAAAUCAUUAGUUGAGUAGCAGUUUCAAGGAGAGUAACACCAAGAUGGUUGCAUGCCCGAAAAUUUUUAACAAUGAAAAUAAGAAGUCCAGCAGGGCUGUUUCUUGUCACGAAAUUGUGGCGCACGCAAUAAUUUCAUCGAAACUACAACGUGGUACUUGAUCAUGAUUAUGUAACAUCUUCUACUUGUUAAAGCAGCCCACGACAAGAAAAAAAAAAACGCUGUUAAAGAAAGAGCUAACAGUCCUUUGGUAUGGAUUUAUCACUGUCAUCAUAUCACUUAACUGUCUCCUGCUAAGAAUUCUCAUAUUAAAUUAAAGUUUUAAACAAAAAUUUUCCUAGGAAUUAAGUAUGAUAUAUUUUUAAAGAUAAAUGUAACAAUUCAUAAAACCUGAGUUCAUAGAAAGUUGAGGACCUUGGUUUCUUAAAAAUGUGCCAUCUCAAAGCACAGAAAUUAAACCCUAGAUGACGUCAACCAGAGAUUCUCCGGUGAGUCACCGACCUGAUCUUUACGAGGUAGACAUGCUCCACAUCUGCUUCAUCUUAAUUGUUUUUAUAGAUUGUGACAGUAGCCAACUUUCAUUCAAGAUUGGACAAUGCAGAAAGUUCAGCACAACAAUGCACUUAUCAUACAAUGCAUAAUAUAACUGAGCAAGAAUAUUCUUUUAGGCCAUCUGAAUACUUUCCUUGAAGAACUGUUAAUUAAUUUUAAGGGAUGCUCUUAACUCAGUCCGUUUAACUCAAUGGCUACUUUCUGACCUCCCCUGCUGUCAAAAUGACCCUUGCAGAAAUGAGGCUCUUUCCCAAAUUGUGUUUUAGAAGAAAUCAGUCAAAAAAAGAAUGAAAGUGGUUACCAAUAUGAAAUUGCCGAAAACAUUUCAAGCUUUAAAUGUCAAUCAAUAGACCUGAAAACAUACAAUGCUGUUCUGAUUUAAAGGCCGAUGAGUUGCUCGAUACAAUCUCGAAAAAUGCUCUCCCCUUCCAUUUUUUUACUAAGUUACUCAUAAUUGGGUUGUCACAAAGAUCCACUGAGUAUAUGUAUGUGUAAAUAAAAAUAAUGUGUUGUAUUUUAUUGACAAUUGAAGGAUAGACUGUAUGGUCAAAACUGAAUGGUGAUUGGUAUGUUCCAAGAAUUGCCACAUGUGUAUAGUCUGUUACUGUUAAAGUUAUUUGUUGUGUAUAUAUACAAAAAGAAUUAUAAAAGUGGGAUGUAUGGAAAGAUGAUAUACUGUCUUGAGAUUGGUGGGAUAUGCCCUAUUAUGCCUUCUUAUAUUUUACCAAAUUUCAUGCUAAAUCUGGCAAAUUUAAUCUCUACUAGAAAUCAUUCUCAGAGGUGCUGUUAGGACAUUUCCCAUCAAGGGAAUGAUAAAUAUAAUAAAAUUCAGAAGGAUAUCACAAAAAUAUCCUUUCUGUAUUGAACAGUGA